AUGUAUCUGACGCCGCUGCAAGAGGAACUGGAGCGCUUCGUCAACACCAAAAGUGUUCAGCUGAACAAAACUUUUGCUGAUUCGGAUUUCACAAAUGCAAGACUGAUUUCGUUGUUAUCGAAGCAUAACAAGCAUUUCAAAAAGCUGCGUGAAUUGGCCGACUUGGAUGAGGUGAGAAUACAGUUAUUAAGUGCUGAUCGUAAUUAUAACCGACCUUUAAAAAUUGCUGUAAAUUUUGUAAUUGUCAAUAUAAAUAAGUCGUAUCUGGCAAUGACACACAUUAGUGUACUAUUACCACGCCGGAUAAGCUUUGACAGAAUACGUUUUGUUGAAAAAACGAACUGUGAAAAAGUUUUUUUGCCUCGUGCUUUCAUAAGAAAGUCAGAAAAAUUUCUAAUCUUAAAGUAAUUUUUUACCCUGUUGUGCUUGACUUGAAAGAUAUAUACAUAUAGUUCGGCCCAAUAGUAUAAUUAUUCUUCACAUUUCAGAUAAACCACAAACAGAUUGGAGUCAGCGCCGGAUUCCAGUCCAAGAUUUACUCCGUCGACUGUCAUUUUUCCAAUGGAAGAACCGUCUCCGUUAUUGCCAAGAUCCCUCUGAUUAACGGAUUGUUCGACUGCUGUGGGCUGGACAAUGUUGAUGAGGUGGGGAAACUGCCAAAAUAAAAAAACUUUUUUUAGGACAAAGAGAACUCCUCUCCAGACACCAAACCUUACGAUCAGCAUUCGAUUGAAUGCGAAUUUUACGAGCAAUUCGGAUAUCUGAGGAACGUUCCACUUCCGGAAGUCUAUUACACGGAGAAAAUUGAUUUGAAAGGGGGAAACAGUGGCCUAAUCUUGAUGGAAAACAUGAAUCUAAAAUCUGAGCCAUUAGGAUUCUAUCGAAGCGCUACGGAAAACCAGUGCUAUGAGGUGAGCUCUUAGAGUAGUCAAAAAAACAAAAAAAAUUUUUGUUAUUGUACUGUACAGUGACGGAUCUGAUCUAGUCGCAAAAAACGUACCAUUUUGCAUCCGGGAACUAUCAAAAAUGUGGCAAAGUGCCUCCCUCUCCAAGUGAAAAAACCCCGAUUUCAAAAGCGCACCCACUCUUUUUGUGAGGGAAAUGUUCCAGCUGGGGCCAGAAAGGGUCAUCUUGACAUGCCGAUAGCUUGGAACGGCAGUUAAUUUUCGGUAUAUAGAAUCUCCAUAAAAAAUCUAUCUACAGUCAGGACCUGAUCUUGUCGCAAAAAACGUACCAUUUUGCAUCCGUGAACUAUCAAAAAUGUGGCAAAAUGCCUCCCUCUCCAAGUGAAAAAAUUUUGUUUUGAAGGGCGCUCCCUUUUUCUGACAGUGUGUCGCCGCGGGCAGGCAUUCCUCGAAAAAUGAAAAUGGUGUCUUGUACCAUUUUUCAAGGGCUCUUCAAUGACGUAUGUCACUUAUCAUUCGGUGAGAGUUCGUAUCUAAACUUCCCUAGUUAGGAAAUGAGAGGGCGCGCUUUUAAAGUCGUUUUUUUAGUUGAAGAGGGAGAUAUUUUGCUACCUUUUCGGUGCUUCCCGGAACCAAAAUGGUACGUUUUUUGCCAACGGAUCAGGUCCCCCACCGUAUUAGAACCACGAGAAAUUCCAUUUCGCUAAUUAUACAAACGUAAUUUUGUUUUCAGCUAGCCAAAUCGAUUGCCCAUUUACAAUUCAAUGCACUCGCUCCAAGACACACUUGGUGGUGGAUGCAGUUUGACAAGAAUAUGCAUGUCGACUUUGAUCUGAAGCUGGUGAAGGCAUUAUGGGAACAUUGCUAUGAGAUGGAAGGUAAGACCUCUUUUUAUGCUCUUUCUAUGCUCUUGACAGGGGCUAGAAAAGGUCAUCUUGACCUGCCGAUAGCUAGGAACGGCAGUUAAUUUUCGGUAUAUAGAAUCUCCAUAAAAAGUCUAUUUACAGUGAGGGACCUGAUCCAGUGGCAAAAAACGACCAUUUUGCAUCCGGGAAGUAUCAAAAAUGUGGCAAAGUGCCACCCUCUCCAACUAUAAAAACCUCCGUUUUGAAGGUCUUGCCCUCACAAAAAGAGCGGGCGCACUUUUGAAAUCGGAGUUUUUUUUUGGGAAGCAUUUUGCCACAUUUUUUAUACUUCCCGAGUGCAAAAUGGUACGUUUUUGGUCAAUGGAUCAGGUCCGCCACUGUAUUCCAAGCGAAACUGGCAAAGAAAUGGCCAAAAAAAUUUUUGGGGCGCUCUCCGCCUUUUACGUGCUCUCACGGCUUCAAAGACUGUUUUUUUUUUAUCUUGGCCGUCCCUGAGAAGCACAAGCAAAAAUUUUCAGGAAUUUAGAUGUGGCUUAAGCCCUGAGGGAUUCUUUCCUUGUAAUGCGUACUUAAGGACGAGCCUGAUUUUCUUGCUUUUAGACUUCAAAAGCAUCAUGGACACGGCGAAAAUCGUGCAGAAUAAAGAAUAUUCGCUGUAUGCAAUUAGAGAGCGGCCCAUAGAAUAUGGUAAGGUAAAAUACGUUUAAAAGAAUUGCUGAUGAUUUCUAGGAGCUUUAACAAUGGCGCACGGAGACACUCAACCGAAUAAUAUCAUGUUCAAAACCAAAAAAGAUGGCUCUUUAACGGACGAGCUUGCCGGAAUCAUUGAUUGGCAGCUGUGUUUUUAUGGUAAGUAUGACAGAAUUUUGGGUGCCAUCAUCCUAAAAUAUAUCAAAUAUCUUGACUUCCAGCCUCUCCCGGCCUUGAUUUGGCCCGAUUUUUGGUCCUCGGUGCGGAUAUGAAUGUUCGGGAGAAAUGUGAGCAAAAAUAUUAUGACAUCUAUUACAACACGUUGACUAAUUUGUAUGGGAAAUCGUGCUCGAAACCUCCAUUCACCUACGAACAGGUUAGUUUGAUUAAAUUUUGAAUUUGAAGUAUAGUUUUGAAGUUGGCAGGCUGCGCCCGAGGGUUCGCAGACUGCGGAGGGGAAACACGGAAAAUCGGUAUUUUUGAUGGUGAAAUACGAUAUCGUUUCAUAUUAAACCCUUUUUUGAUGAUUUAUUCGAAUUUCAAAAGGAUUAGCAGUGGGCGAGCUGCGCCCGAGGAUUUGCAGGCUGCAGUGCUGAAAGUCGUAAAAUGCGCAAUUUAAAUGCAGCCGAAUGAAAAGUAGCAAUAUAACUAAGAGAAUCCGAGAUUUAAAAAAAUUUUUUUAACUGUCAAACGCGGUUUUAGGGCCUCGAAAUGUUCCAUUUAUGCCUGGUCCAGCAAAGUGUCCAGACCAUGCUCUUCGCCUCAAUGAUUGACAUCUCCCACAAGCAAAUGGGAACCACAGAGCCCAGAUUCGGAAUCCUCACCCACCGAAUUCAACAGAGCAUUGUGAAUGCGAGAGGAUUGAUCAAGAAAUAUAACUUGGAGAAGUUUGUAGAACACUCAAGUUGGAUGGAGAAUUAG